AUGGAAACGCUAGGUUACUUUAACCAGGUACUACGUAGCGUUGUUACGCACAUGGCAGUGCAACGGUUUACCAUAGUUAAUGUGAUGCUGGCCAUUUUCCGACAACGAAGCCAGUAUGCGCCUUGGAAUUUUGUGCUUUACCAGACCCGGCACGGUGGGACGCUACUGAGCCCUCCUUUCACAACAGGACAGGAUCCCCUCAACCACUCAUAUGCUUCUUGGUAA